AUGAAGCCACAUCUGGAUCUCAAGGAGCCCAUUUCAGUUUGCACUGCUCAGCAAUGGAUGAAGCGCAACAAGUAUCAAUGGAAUUUGCAGCCCAAGGGCAUGUACUCUGACUGCCAUGAACGUGCUGAUGUUGUGGAAUAUCGGCAGAAUGUCUUCCUUCCUCGCUGGAUCGAGUACUCCAAGCACACUUGGAAGUGGACAAAGGUCACAUCCCAAUCCAACAAUACCCCAGUUAAUGUCACAGCAGAGCACAAGCGUACCAAGCGCCAGAUGGAGGAGAGUCAAUUCAAAGAGUGGGAAGAGGAUUGUGUCUUUGUGGCUGGUCCUAACGGUCAAAUCAUUGUGAUCUGGUGUCACAAUAAAUCAAUCUUCUACAGACACGACCGUUGUCAGAUUUGCUGGGUCAAAGCCUCCGAAACAGCGAUACCACUGCCAAAGGGUGUGGGCAAAUCCUGCAUGGCAAUUGGUUUUGUCUCUCCGGACCAUGGUUGGGCCGCUCUCAUGUCUAUCUGUCCUGGCGCAAGUUGGGAUGGUUAUUACAGGAAUAAAGAGAUUCUCAAGCAUGCCAUGGUAAUGAUGGAUUAUCUGGAUGCUAAUCAUCCAAACGAGAAGCAUGUUUUUGCAUAUGACAAUGCAACUAACCACACAGCACUUGCCGCAGAUGCCCUCUCUGCACAGAAAAUUCCUGUCAACAUGCUGGGUGUCAAUAAAAAGACUGGGACUCAGAAGAAUUGGUUUGUGAAGGCAAAGGAGGAUGGGAAGGAUGUCACAGUGCAAAUGCAAGUUGCAAAAUUUGCUGAUGGCACCACACAGUCUCUUUACUUCCCCAUGGGCCACCCAAAAGCCGGUGUGUUCAAAGGAAUGCAGGUCAUCAUUCAAGAGUGCAUUGCUAAGGGCGCCAACCUUCCUGAUCCCACCAAUCUCAAGGCCAAGUGCCCUGGAUUCAGGUGCCCACCCGGUAGCAUGGAUUGCUGUGCUCGACGUGUUCUCUUCAAUGAGCCGGACUUUUGCAAUCAGAAGUCCAAGCUCAAGGAGCAUUGUGCAGCCCGUGGCUUUGACGUUCUCUUUUUCCCAAAAUUCCAUCCCAAAUGCAACUUCAUCAAACAAUGUUGGGGAUACACCAAGCAAAUCUACAGGAUGUUCCCAAUGUCCUCUAGCAAAGAUGAUCUUGAACGGAAUAUGAAUGCCGCCUUGAAUUUGGUCCCGCUCAACAGUAUGCAAAAGUUUGCAACACGCUCUGAUCGGUUUAUUGACGCAUACCAGAAAGUUCUUGACAGGAAUCAGGCUGUGUGGGCUAGCAAGUGUUAUUGUGGUCACCGGUGA